AUGCCGAGGCUGGCAUGGGUGCCUCCGUCUCUCCGGUGGCUCACGCGGCAUGCCGUGCUGCAGGCCCUGCCCCCCACGACCUUUACACGCUACUGGCAGCCGUUCCAGCCACCGCCAUCCGAGGCGGACGUGGGCGAGACGACACGCGCAUUUAUGACCGCCCUAGAAAACCAGGACAUCGAUGCUUGCUUGGCGAUGUUGCGCGCACAUACACCCACAUACCCUCUCUGGCUCUCGCUAUGGACGCUCGUAGCAGAGGGACCCAACCCGAUACCCGCCAGCGGCCUGUACGAACGCCUCGACACAGUGUGUUGGCACCUUUGUGAGCUGUACCGCUUUCAUCAGUCGGCCUAUCCCACUCGCUCGAUACCCCCGCAGAUGCGCCAGCGCCUCGUAUACCUCUUGCUCAAGCGCGCUGAGCGCAUCGACGCCACGUUCGUGGCCGAGGCUCGGACACAGCAACGGCGUGCGCAGGCCUCCAUCCUGCUCGAUGUGGCCGGUGAUCUGCACACGCUGGAUGGCGAACUGGCCGGGCGCUUGGUGUUUCGUCUCGCGCGCAUGCAGGCGAUGGACGCACUGGGUCCGUGCCUGACCGCCUACAUGACCCACGACGCGCCGCCUCAGGACAUGGUGUCUGCUGCCCAGCCGCUAGCUGCGGUACUGGACGAGGCGCUCGCAUGGCACGAGCGCACAGGGCAAGAGGCAGCACUCAUCCUCGGCGUCGAGGCGAUUCGUCUCGCCUUCCUCCGAUCCUGGCCCAUCAAACAUACCCUCGUUCAGCGCUGGCUACGUCAAGCAGGUCCGACGCUAACGCGUCUUUGCCUGGUGCCGCCAUCGAUACCACGCUUGCCGCUCGCGUACACCGCUCUUCCCCUCGAUGAGCUCGUGCGCGACGUACACGCGCUUCAGCCACAGUACAUGCAUGAACGUGCUGCUGUGGUAUUAUGUCGUAUGAACGAUGCUCGUGCGGCCCUGGACCUCGUCGAGACGCGCCGGCCACACAUUCCGUUUGACGUGUAUGCAUCGGCGAUCUCGGCGCUCACAUGGAUGGUCCGCACGCAUGUCUCGCCACAGGCGGCGCUGUCGCUGGCUCUGCGCACAUUCAAGGCAUUGUAUGAAGCCGGUAUGCAUGCUGACGAGCAAAUGUACGGCGAGCUGGUUCGCGCAUUCGAAAGUCGGAUGCACUCGAGACCUGCCGAAACGCGCACCUGGGUCGAGGCGCGCGUGGGUGAACACAUACCGUGGACGACGCUGCUGGCAUCCUGGACGCGGCACAUGAUCGCUCAUCAUGAUGUGCCGCUCGUGCGCGCGGAUCACUUGAGUCGGCUGCUGCGUCUGCAUAUUCGAUGCCGGCACGGCUGGCUGAGUCGGCAGCUGUAUGAGCAGAUGCGUGAGCACCAUGCAUCGAUGCUGCCAUGCACGUCGCCGACCCUGUUUGGGUGGCUGUUUAUGCAGUCCUACUCGCGUCCCACAAGCUUGUCGUUUGCGAUGCGCCUGUAUCAGGACUGGUGUGCGUCCGGACGUGCAUUGCCCCAGGCACAUAUCGAGCCAUAUCUGCGCUCGCUGCUAGCUUACGGCAUGGCUUCCAUGGUGCAACGCGUGGUUAGCGACCAGCGUGCGUAUGUGCCGCUACCGACACUGGCCUCCUACGUUGUGCGUGCGCAUCUCGCGCACGGCCAUGACGAGGCAGCGUUCGCCUGGGCGUCGGACCUGCUCAACACGCCCGAAGAGGCUGUAGAUUGGGACGACACAUCGCAUCCGCCAGUGCCGUCCUUGACGUACUAUGCCGUGUGCUUCUACGAAACGAGUCGGUAUCCUCAGUACGCCUUGGAUCCACAUGCGCGACAGCGACUUGAUGCUUUGUUCAGCGAGUUCCAGCUGGGUUUGGCGCAUGCGAUCGCCUCGUCCUGCGUGUGUAUGGACACCAUCAGCCGGGCGUACUAUGGCAUGCUGCGUGUCACCCUGCAGGUGCUGGGCGCAGACGGCCCUCCCGCCGAUCCACUCCCCCUCCCGGACCGCCAAGCCGCCUGGGACCGCAUCCACACUCUCUGGCACGAAUGGCACGAUCUGAACAGGUCAUUGGGACCCACGGCAACAAGUCUACAAGGCGAUGUCGACGCACUCUACGCACAAUUCCAGCAUGUACCACGCCCAUCAGCCGCGCAUAUUGAUGGUGGGCAAUACGGCGGUUAG